ACGGUCUGCUUUCUCUCUCUCUCCUCUUUAUUCUACAUACCUUUAUUGAUAUUCCUUGGAAAACACUUAACGUUAUAAUAAUGACUCCUGACGAUAACCUAAACGAUAUCGUUCAACGUCCUCCCGAAAUUUGUGUCGAUUACCUUUCCCAUGAGUGGAACAAAGAGGAUGAUAUUUGGACUUCUUGGAGAGUUAUGUCAAAGCAGAAGAAUGGAAUCUCUAACGGAAUCCACAGCGAUGUAACUUGGUUAUACGGCCCAUUACAUACCGCAUGGCAUUCCGAAUAUGAAAAAAAUCGUGAAAAGUCCCAAGUGACUGAAUUCAAUUUAAUGCCCUCAACACGUCACAAGUCAUGCUUGAAAAAGAAAUCUAUUUCUGAAACUCUACGACCAAGGGGUAGAGUCCAUCUGGUCGUUAGUAACUCAGAUACACAAUUAUAUAAAAACCAUUGUGACAAAAGAGAUUACGAUAGUGAUGUUAGCGAUUGUGAUACUUCUUCAACUUGUUCUUCAAUAUCUGGUCCAUCUACUCCAAUAAGUGGUCCUACGAGAUCAUCAAUGUUACCUACUGUUACUGAAGACCCUUCUGGGCAUCAACAACAUAUUCGUUUCAAUGACCAAGUUGAACAAUGUAUCGCUGUUGAAUCUGCAGAUGAAGACGAUGAUCAUUAUGAUUCAAAUAAUGAUAGUAGUAGUGAUGAUGGCUUAGAGAUGAAAAUCUCUUUAAAAAAAAAGAAAAAGAAAGAUUGUUCGACAAUUUGCAAACUUGCACCCACAAAAUUAAAAUCUGAUACCAUUAAUUAUAGUGUAUAUUCGAGUAGUAAACGUCAUUCAACUACUUCCUCAUCCAAAUCAACAUAUAAUAUGGGAAUGUUUGAUUUUGACACUACUCCAUCAUACAUAAUACCACCAAUACCGGCAACUCAAUUAAAUCAUUCAGGCUCGGGAAUAAUACCACGUUCACAAGGUGAUUCAGAGCAAUCAUUAAAACAAGAAUCAAGUGAUCAGGGAAUUAUUGUCAAAGCUGUACACAUUGCACAUAAUGUUCGAGAAAUCGUAAAUUGGUGUUCUAGUAUG